AUGGAGAACGUGAGCGGGGCUCUGCUGCAGCUGGAGGGCCUGUCCCUGCCUCACUCCUCUGUCCUGCCUGUCUUCUGUUGUAUUCUGCUGUCUUAUGUCCUCAUGAUGCUGAUGAACCUGGGGAACAGUGUGUUGAUCCUGAAGGAGAGGAGCCUGCACCAGCCCAUGUACCUGUUGCUGUGUAACCUCUGUAUCAAUGACAUCAUCGGGGGCACGCACGUCAUCCCACAGUUUCUGUCCGACCUUCUCCGAGCGCCAGAAGAGCGCCUCAUCUCCUACGGCGCCUGUGUUACUCAGGCUUUUGUGUCGCACGUCUUUGCCACUGCGUCCCACACCAUCCUGAUGAUCAUGGCCGUUCUGAUUGGUCUGUCGGUGCGUCUGUCACGUUGUCGCUCCGUGGUCACAAACCCGUACUGUGAUAAUGCGUCUCUCUUUAAACUGUCGUGUGAGAGUACCCUGAUCAACAACGUGUACGGGCUGCUCUUCACGGCGCUGCUGCUGAGCGCCUCCAUCGGCUCCACCCUCCUGACCUACCUCAGGAUCACUCUGGUGUGUCUGCGCAGACACAGCUCCAGUCUGAACCGCCGCGCCCUGCAGACCUGCUCCACCCACCUGCUGGUGUACCUGCUGCUGCUGCUGAGCGGAGUCGUGGUCAUCACUCUGCACCGCUUCCCCGAGUACACGCACCACAGGAAGAUGACCGCUGUCAUCCUGUUCACGGGGCCCGGGACGGUGAACCCCAUCAUCUAUGGAGUGCAGUGCAGGGACAUACGCUGUGCCUGGGCCCGGCACUGGGCCCGACUCUGGGUCCCAGUCUUCAGGGGGAAAUAA